AUGGCGACUUCCUCGGAGAGCGAUGCGAGCGAUACCUCGGAGGCCGAAGAUGGCGACGAAGUGCUGGAUUUUGAGGAGGUGCUGCGGAAGUUCCAACAGAAGGCAUCGCAGAGCCUAGACGAGGAAUACGAGCUCCUCAUGGCUUUGUUGCAAAAGUUUCAGGGUGAGGGCAGGUGGAAGCCUAUCCUUUCCAGCUUCCGCACACUGGCCGCCCGUCCUCGCACCAAGGACUGGCUCGUUCGGCGCAGCCGGCGGUUGCGAGCGAAGGAGCAGAAGAGCAGCAGCCCAAAGCCGGAGAGACCGGAAAAGACCGUGGAGGCAGAUUCUCUGGAGCUGCAGGAAGCGCCGAAGAUUCCUCCCGAUUACCCGUUCUUGAUGGAUUUGCGGAGGCUGAAGCAUGUGGUGAUGGGAGGUGACUCAAAGCGCUUCUAUCACACAAGCUUCCGCAACAUGACUCGUGAUUGGGGAUUCGAAGAGCCUUUUUGCAGGAGUCGGGCAGGGCAGAUCAACGGAGCAAUGUUUGAUCAUUUUUGCAUGGCCGUUCGGGCAACCUACCCUUUCAACAAGGCUGGACCGUGGAUCAAGGGCUUCUGCUGUACAUCUGACCGUUGCAAGUCGCAUUUUAUCGCGCGAAAAGCAUUGGACAUGCUAGGCAAAGAAGGUGAUGGCCAGCAAGUGCUCGAAAAGCUGGCAGACAUGGCCAGAGCAGCUACGAAAGACCUGGUUUGUGAAGAAGAAGGAGAUAAUGCAGCGUCGUGGUGGAAGGAAGCCCUUCCCCUUUGGUCGAACGUCUGCUGUCCAGCUGUGCAUUGCAUGUAUGCAAGGCCGCUUAGCGUGCUUCGGAAGCCUGUGGUUGAACACUUGUGUCGGCAACAGAAACAGGCCGCUCGGGCGCUGGAGCACCCAGCGACUACAUGGCAAGCCCUUGCGAAACAGAUGCGCUUGCAGCCGUGGCAGGCCGCAGAUGUGAGGGUGCAAGUGAGAAUCAAGAAGAAACGACGCAAACACUUGUCAGCGCGAGUGGAGCAGAGCUUGAGCCACGUAUAUGCUCGGUGGAUGUCGGAGCUGCUUCCAAGCUUGAGCCCCGAUGAUGCAGAGCGACUUGCCGAGUGGCACGUGAUUCUGGAGUGGGAGCGCAAACUCAUAACGUCGAUUCAUGCCACGGACGCCUCCGUCUGCUGGAAUGAGCUGGCGGGAUUGAGCUUCCAGGAGUUUCAGAUGUGUGCGCGUGGUUUCUCGGAUGCAGAUCUCUUUAGUCUUUGCUUCUUGCCUGGGGUUGAUGUGGACAGAAGACUGCUACGCUUCGCGCUGUGGGGUGCUUUUCUCACUGAGUAUAUCGCUGCUGCGGGACGAGACGGUUGGACGAUGGGCACAGACUGUUCUCAACCAAACGAAGCUUCUGCCACACAUGCUCCGGAGAAGAUGCCGCCAAGCGCAGACGAUGCACCUGCGACCCAAGUGGAAAGCUGUCCUCCCGGGCUGCACCUGGCACGGCUGAGACCGGGCUCUGUGGUCCUGCACGUUGCCAGCGGAGACGUUUCUUCUUCCAGGUGCGGCAUGCGCGGCGAGCUCAUCACAGCCCAUGGCCAAACCUGCAUGGUGAAGUUCCCCAACCAGUUCCAUUUGCAGGAGUUGCCGACGAAAACCUUGCUGGCAGUUGGUGAGUCGGAGAAAUGCCAGGCAUGCAACAGACUAGGUGCUUGGUGCUGCAGCUCAUGCUCCUGUGCUUUCUACUGCUCUUCCGAGUGCCAGCUGGCUUCCUGGCCCUCGCACGCAGCAUCCUGCGGCUCACGCCAAAGCAAUCCCAGUAUGUUUUCCGACUCCUGUGAUCUCCAGAGGCUCGUGGACCAGCUCGAGUUCGGACGUAGGAUCCUGGAGCAAGAGAUCGAGAUCCCCUAUCAGGAGGUUUGGAAGGCCCAGGAGGUUUUCCAACACGUGAUUAAGCAGUUGAAACCAGUACUGGACAAUAAUGGAAGUGGAGAAGUGUAUGCUGGAGCCUCGCAUUCGUACCUCAUGGCUGCGGCUUACGUUUACAGCGCGCAAGCUGCUGGCUAUAUUGGGGAGGGGAAGCAGGCAGUAAGCGAUGCUGAACAAGCUAUUUCGCUUUUGGCUGACCUGAAGUCUGGCCAUGUUGUGCAGCUUCUGAAUCCAGAGGGUCACUCUCUGCUUCAGGCGCAAGCGCACUUUGCGAGGUCGGUUGGUUUGCACGACACGGUUGGAUCUGCUGCAGCAGUGGAAGCCCCUGCUUCAGUCGGAAAGUUGUGCGACCACCACGGCUUAUCAAGGCAGGACUGCCUGUACAUGCCGCCGGGACAUCACUUUGAGCAGCUCGGGGACUGGAUUGCUGCAGCAAAAAGCAAUGGUCCAGAAGUGGAAGAUAGGCUGACAGACUCGUCGGAGGAAUCUGAGGAUCCUGAGGAUUCACUCGAAGAAGAGUCUUGGGUUGUGCCUCCGCCACCAGAGCCUUAUUCUGAUGUUUGCGGCAAAUCGUGCUUCAAGUGCGGCUGGGCAGUGAAGAAACGAGGCUUGAAGUUGCAUCUACGUCGCGAAUGUAGCAUGCGUAAUGCGAGAUGCCCGUAUUGCAGAGAGCUUUGUGAGGUAGGUUUCCUUGAUGAGCACCAUGCCGUUCAUUGCCGAGAGUUUCCAGAACCAUGCAAACUCUGCGGCGACAGUGUUGCUCGAAGCCGCAUGGAGGCUCACUUGGAUGCUGACUGCCGCUUUCGGAUUGCUCCUUGCCCACAUGUUGGCUGCACAUGGGCAGAUUUGGCUGAUCAGCUGCAAAGCCACAUGGAAGACUGCAUCUAUGCCCUCCACACGUGCGAGUUCUGCCUGGAGGAGUUGCCAGCUCGCUUCAUGCCUUCGCACGUGUGUCCAGUGAUUCCCCGAGAUCAGACCUGCAUGGUGUGUUGCGAGCCUUUUGCAGAUCUCGAAAAGCAGGGGGUCCUACCAGCAAUACUCUUGCAAUGCGGCAGACGCUCCUGCGACCACCUGUACUUCUGCGUGCGGUGUGCACUGAAAUGGUCCAAGCAGGCCGAACUCUCCGACGGGAAGAAGCGGUCCGAGUGUCCGCUGUGCCGCAAAGAGUACGACGAUCUGGCUCCGUGCCCUCAGCAUUUGCUGGUCGAGGUGGAAGAUACCAAGAAGGACGUGAAAACCUUGCAGGCCUUAAACCUCAGGCUUUGCGAUUGUCCUGAAGAGUCUUGCCACUGGGUCUCUCCCCUGCACGUGCACUUCACGCAUGGCAGCAUCUCGGAGCGCUUCAAAGCAGGAGGAGAGCAGCUUCGGAUGGAAGCGCCCCAGCAUCCUGGACACGAUACGGCAACUCCUUGGGGGCUGGGAGCCCUCUGA